GAAAUUCCUGUCAGGAGUCCUUUUAGGGAGGUCCCAAACUUCCCAAAACUCCCCCAAUUCCCAUUUUUUUCCCCACCCUCAUUCCCACAGGGAAUUCCCGUCGGAUCCCGACUCUGGCAGCGACUUCGAGACCACUUUGCCUUCCCGGAAAAAACGUGGACGCCUCCAAAAUUCCAACCCAGGGCCGAACCCGAAGCGCUCCCGGCGUUCCCGUGGGAUCGAGGCGGAUCCCAAGGAGAAUUCCCUUUUCCAGGCGGUUUUGUCGGGAAAAGCCGUGGUGGAGACGUUGGUGGACGAGUGGCUGGAAUUGUACAAACGGGAUCGGGAGUCGGGAUUGUUGGAGCUGCUCAACUUCACCGUCAGGGCCUGCGGGUGCAGAGGUGUGGUGACCCCUGAGAUGUUCCGGGAGCUGCAGAAUUCCCAGAUCAUCCAACAACUCACGGAGAAGUUCAAGGAGGUGCCUCGGGGGGGAUUCCAGAGGCCGGGAAUGGGAUUUUAAAGGGUUUUUUAGGGGAUUUUUAAGG